CGGAGCUCCGACGAGAAUAAUUGCUGGCGGCUUCAGUAUUUACUUCAAAUGUGACGUUUAUAGAGGUUAUGAAAAUAGUUUGAGAUGCUUGGCAUCAGUCAAGGUAAGUAGUUCCGGUCGACCUCAGAAACUGUUUAUAUCCGGCCAUUGAGGUAUAUAUCUAUUUCCCCUUCCACCUCAUUUCUUUCCCCAAACUCAUGUAACCAUAAGCCUUUAACUCCCAUACUCACUGUUAUCAUUGCCAUUCACUUAAACACCAUCUACAACACCCCAAAGAAAAUGUCUACCUCUCAAACCCCCUUCCCAGACCUCCCCAACAUCGGCAUCAGCUUCCCUCACUCCCCCAUCACACUCGCCGCCCUCGAAUACACAAAACAGCACACCACCGAGGCGACAUAUAACCACUGCAUCCGCGCCGCGUACUGGGCGCUCAUCCUUGCCAAGAAGCUUCCUAACUUCUCUUCUCUCACAUCCCCAUCCCCAACUCCAUCUCUAUCUCCCAAACAACCACAUCCAAAAGAGCUGAAUAUCGAAACCGUGGUCUUGGCUGCAAUCUUACACGAUAUGGGAUGGGCCACUACGAAGGAACUCCGGUCGAUAGACAAGAGAUUCGAAGUCGACGGCGCGAAUCUGGCGUACGCGUUUAUAGGGCAGUACGUUAAAGAAAGGGGUCAAGAGACGGGAUGGGAUGGGCAUAGAAGAAACAUUGUCUGGGACGCAAUCGCACUCCACUGCACCCCAUCCAUCGCAGUGCACCACCCCAGCCCAGAAGUCGCGCUCGCGCAUCUAGGCAUCAUGGCGGACUUCCUAGGCCCCAAGUUCCCCCCCGGAGACGGGGCAGUGAUUUCAGUGGAGGAGUACAAGGAGGUGCUGGCCGCGUUCCCGAUGAAAGGGUUUGGGAGCGAGGAGUUGAAGGAGAUUAUGUGUGGGAUUUGUAGGGAGAAGCCGGAUACUACGUACGAUAACUUUGUGGGCGCGUUUGGGGCUCGGUUCGGGGUUGAUGGGAAGGGGGCGGGGGCGGAGGAGUUUAAGAAGGAGAUUGAGAGGAGGGAGCCGCUGGGGAUGUUGCUUGGGGGGUUGGAUUAUCUGGAGGGGUUGUUGAAGGAAGGUAAGUAG